AUGAACUGAGUCAAGCACAAGCUGUUGAAAUCGUAAAAGCCUCUCUCCGCCGAUCUUUAUCACCCAGAGCAACCAGACAGACACCGACGCCAUUGCAGUGCACAGGAGAACCCUACCCUGGGUGAAGCUACAUCAAUAGAGCAUGCUACGUAGGAAUAUACCUUCUCUUCAACAAAACAACAGACUCCACUGAACUGAGAGUCUGUUUUUCCAUUCAAUUCUCCCCAGAAUUAUUCUAUUUUCUCAUUCUAGGACAGCAUUGCUCCUCUCCUCAGCGACUACCCUCGAAGCAGACACUCCCACAACACACCAGGACACCCCAGUCUGACCAAACAAAAGUUGUGGAAACCUAUCAACUUUGGAGAGAAGCCUAUCUUUACGGCCGGAUAUACGGUGGCCUUCCAGUGCAGAGAGAGAGUGACAUUUGGGGAGAGAAAGAGGGGAUUUGGGGAUUUUUCUCUCUUCUGGUGGGUCUGUGAAAGUCUGUCAAGACGCCGCGUGCCGUGCUCCGCGUGAAGAAUGCCCAGGCGAGGAUGGCCAAGCCGGCUGAGCCAGCGCCAACACCUGGGCUCUACAUGGAGCGCUCGCAGAGUCGGAUCAGUCUGUCGGCCUCCUUCGAGGCUCUGGCCAUCUACUUCCCCUGUAUGAACUCUUUUGAUGAGGACGAUGUCGGUAAGCAGCCUAAAGAUGCUGAGGGUAGAAGGCUAAAGGGGAUCCAAAGGAGCACUGAGACGGGACUGGCUGUAGAGAUGCCCAGCCGCACUGUACGCCAAGCCAGCCACGAGUCCAUUGAAGACAGCAUGAACAGCUACGGCUCAGAGGGCAAUCUAAAUUACAGUGGGAUGUGCCUUGCCUCUGACGCCCAAUUCAGUGACUUCCUAGAUGGGAUGGGCCCUGCACAGUUUGUUGGGCGACAGACAUUAGCCACAACAUCAUUGGGUGAUGUUGAAAUAGGCCUGCUGGAGAGAAAUGGUGGUUUGGAGGUGGAGAUUGUGCAGGCCAGAGGACUCACACAGAAACCUGGAUCCAAAGGACCUCCAGCGGCUUACAUUAAAGUGUACCUCCUUGAAAAGGGGAUCUGUGUUGCAAAAAAGAAGACAAAGUCGGUUAGGAAAUCCCUGGACCCCCUGUAUAACCAAGUGCUGGUGUUCUCGGAGAGUCCACAGGCGAAAGUCGUUCAGGUGAUUGUUUGGGGAAACUACGGACGAAUGGAUCGUAAAUGCUUCAUGGGUGUCGCCCGCAUCUUAUUGGAGGAGCUGGAUUUGACGAACAUGGUGAUUGGCUGGUACAAGCUUUUCCCCACCUCGUCCAUGGUGGACCCCACGAUGGCACCAUUGAUCCGGCACUCUUCCCAACUGUCCUUGGAGAGCACCGUGGGCCCAUCCUUUGAGCGCUCUUAAGAACUUUGCUAACAGGCUCUUUUUUGAACAAACCCUUCCCUUUGUGUGCCCCCCAAAAGAAAUGCACUACCCCUUCAGAGGGACAUAUAUUGACCGUAGUGUACUGCUCUGAGAUGGUUAGUGACACUGGCCUUGCACUGUUUUUCAGAAAUAAUUUAUUUUAAACAGCAGAAAAAGGGGGCACCAAAGUUCUAGAAAGACUUUGAGAAUAGGAUUUCCUUAUUCUUACUCUUGACUUGGGCUGUUUUUUUACAUGGCCCCAGAUAAUAUGUCAAUGCGUGUCAUGGGAGCAUUCCUCUGGGAAUGUUUCAUUCCUGUGUUCUGGUGGCAGCCAUUGGGUCUGAAGCUGAAGGUUGCAACACAGAGCUGAAUGUGCAAUAUCAUGGUUAUAAUGUAGCUGGUACAGAAGCAAAUAAGCCAACACAAGUUCUAGACAUCUACCACCAAGGAAAGCAGAUUCUCUCUACAAUUAAAUAAGCCAAGCUGAGAAUUCAAAUUUAAAUUGAGCUUAAGUGUUGUUUGAAUAGAUUUAAGAUUCUCUUUGAAGCUUGUCUAAUAUUUUAACAGUUUCAACUGUGCCAAUUUACCAGUAAGUGUCUUGACUUUGUAGCUUGUGCCAUUGUUCAAAAGGGUAAUUUUCGAAAGGAAACAUCUGAUUACAGCUCGUGACAGGGGCACUGAAGCUUCAGUUAGAGCUGUCCUUUUUUAAAUUACAAUCAUCAUUAUGACACUGUCAAAGCAGGUAGUGAUUAACACAACUCCACAAGUGAAGCAGUGAGGAAAGCUUGAAAUAUAUUUUUUCAUCAUCUACAAAGGUCUGAGAGGAAAUAUGACAGAUAUAUAAUUAAAUCAAAGGAAUUUACAGAAAAUUGUAGAGCUGUAGGGUAAUGAAAAUAACAUGUAUUUUAUUUGGCCGCUUUAUUAUGGAUGUUUUUCUAUGAAUGUUAGUCUUGAGUGAGCCAAAGUGUGUUUUCUGAUUUAUUUGAUUCAUGUUCAAAGGGCAGAGACGCAGAACUUGGUAGCAUAGUAAGGUUGUAGCAUUAGGUGGUAGCAUCUGCAUGACAGAAUACCAUAUUAGCUUAUCACAAAAUAAUAAUAGUAAGCAUGAGAAAUUACAAGGGGAAGUGAAACAACACAAGUUGGUUAAAACUAAAUUGUAAAUUGAUUGAGGAGCUAAACCAUUUUAACCAUUCACUGGAACAUUGUGUAUUGUCCUUAACAUGUAGCAGUUAAGUUCAGAUUUAUGAAGAUUAUUGCAAUUCUGACUCAUGUGCUACUGUUGAAAACAGAAUAGCUGUAUUAACUAUUAAGAAACAAGUGUAUUUGGUCCGUUUAAGUACUACACAGAACACCUGGGUCUAGCUAGAAUGAGCCUACAUGUUGUGUAUAAUGUAUUAAGUCAAAUUUUUAUGAAAUAUAAAAAAUAAUAUGGAGACAACAUUUUGAAAAUGCUGAAUUAACUUGAAGACUAAAUUCAAGUCUUAAGAUGAACAUUAAAUUGUAGGCACAGCAUCAAAGUGAUAAAGAUAAGAGCUCACUAGAGCAGGUAGCACUGGUACAGGAAUAUGAUACCAAGACUUACUGUUUUGAAACAUGUAUUUUUUCCAAUCAGUAUCUUCAUUUUGUAAAGCAAUAAGUAGCAGCACCCAUCCACAACAAUCCACAACAAACCUCCAUGUUAUGUCCCUCAAAGUGUGAUGUAUAAGGCUAAAACUAUUAUUAAGGUAAUACAACCUGUAAGUAAUUUAUAUGCAAUCCAGUGUAGACAAUAAGUGUGUAAAGUAUGUAUGUACUGUUUGUAUGUAUGUACUGUUUGUAUGUAUGUAUGUAUGUAUGUAUGUAUGUAUGUAUGUAUGUAUGUAUGUAUGUAUGUAUGUAUGUAUGUAUGUAUGUAUGUAUGUAUGUAU